AUUUUGUGGAAACGUUAUUUUGUUAUUUGCAUAUUUCAAUAGCGCAGUCAAUAUAUCACUUCCAGACCUUUUCACAGCCCUUGGUAAGCCUCAUUCAUCAGUUAAAUGAGUCAAGUAAGUUUUAAUUGAGCUUUAUGGCUGUACAGCCAGCUCCAGAUCCAGUCCCGGCCCUUACCAGAUUCCUGCAUCAUCACCCCAGUGACGGGAGACACUUCUCAGUCCCAGGGCUGUGACACACAUGAAUCAUGACAAGGGGGAUGUGUAGUUGUAUCUUUCUCAGACGGGUAGUGUUUAACUCUCAGUGUGCCGCACUGCCAGUUGGAAGUGCGCUCGUGCUUGGAUGUAGGGUGUCUUGUGCCCGCCGAGCCCCUGGCCAUUGCUCCUGUCUUUCUGGGCAGGAAGCCCACCCCAGCCAGCUACGCCUCCAUGAAGCUGCAGUGCCACAGCAAGGGCUCCCUCAUCCCGGCCUCCUGCCUGCAGCCCAGCGUAUGGGCCGCCCGCAUCUGCUGCAUGGCCUCCAGCGACAAGCUGAGCCGCUGGACCCUGCUGGGCGUGCAGGGGGCGCUGCUGAGCCACUUCAUCAGCCCCCUGUACAUCGUCAGCGUGGUGCUGGGGGACCUGAACCACAGCAUCGAGAGGGUGGCGGACGUGAUCAACCGGCGCCUGGGCGAGGACUGGGCCCGCCGGCUGCCCCGGCCCUUCGAGAAGCAGAACAUCUACUUCUACAACGGCGCCAACGUCGGGCCGCCAGCGAGCCGCCCCGACUGCAGGCUCCUCAGCCUCAACUGGUGCCGGGGGGACGCCAGCUUGGAGGGGUCACAUCCUCGGUGA